AUGAGGGCAGGAUUGAAUACGAUCCUACAGACCCUAACGCCGGAAGCGGCGACUGUUUUGAACCAUUCAAUAGCGGAAGCCGGCCGUCGGAAUCACAACCAGACAACGCCGCUUCAUGUCGCAGCAACGCUUCUCUCCGCUCCGACGGGGUUCCUCCGGCAAGCUUGCAUCCGGUCUCACCCGAAUUCCUCUCACCCUCUUCAGUGUCGGGCACUCGAGCUCUGUUUCAGUGUAGCGUUAGAGCGAUUACCCUCCGCUACAUCGUCUCCGGCGGUGACGGAGCCGCCGGUUUCCAACGCGCUCAUGGCGGCAUUAAAGCGGGCGCAAGCUCAUCAACGCCGUGGAUGCCCGGAGCAACAGCAGCAGCCGCUUUUAGCGGUGAAGGUGGAGCUCGAACAGCUUAUUAUAUCUAUACUCGAUGACCCGAGUGUAAGCCGGGUCAUGCGUGAAGCAAGCUUUUCAAGUCCAGCUGUUAAAGCAACAAUCGAACAGUCGUUGAAUAAUAAUAACAUCUCCGGCGGAAAUCAUCUGAGUCACUCAAGUCUCGGCGUCGGAUUCCGGCCGUCUUCAUCGCCUGUAACUCCGGUUCCGAUUCCCAUCAACCGGAAUAUGUAUUUAAACCCAAGAUUACAGAGAAAUGAUGAAACAACAGUAUGUUCAUCAUCUCCGACGAAUCUUUAUUUGAAUCCAAGAUUACAACAACAACAGGGAAGUUAUAGUUAUAAUCAAUCAGGUCAUCAGAGAAUCGACGAAGCAAAAAGGGUUAUGGAAAUCAUGUCGAAAUCUAAGAAGAAGAAUCCGAUUUUAGUUGGAGAAUUCGAGCCAGAAUCAAUCAAGAAAGACAUCUUAAUGAGAAUCCAAAAGGGUGAAUUCCAAACAGAACAGGAAUUGAAGAAUGUUGAAGUCAUUUCCAUCGACUUUCCACCUGAUAAAUCACAGAUUCCGGCGAAGAUUAAGGAACUGAGCGAUCUAAUCGAGACAAACAUCCGAAGCUUUAAUGAUGGUGGUGGUGGUAAUCGAAGUAUUAUUAUCGACGUAGGUGAUUUGAAAUGGCUGGUUGAGCCACCACCCACGGCGGUUGCUUCCGACAUUGGCCGUGAAUCCGUGGUGGAGAUGGCAAAUUUAUUAGCCAAAUUCAAGGCGGAGAACAGUAACCUUUGGUUGAUCGGCGCCGCCAGUUGUGAGACUUAUUUGAGGUGUCAAGUUUAUCAUCCAUCCAUGGAAAACGAUUGGGAUUUGCAAGCUCUGCCGAUUUCAUCAAGAUCACCUCUCUCCGCUAGGAUAGGGACCAAUGGGAUAUUUGGGACUUCAUUUGAAUCUUUAAAUUCUUUCAAGAACUUUCCGACAACAAAGUUACAGAAUUCGGAAUCUGCCCGAAUUCCACCCUGCUGCCCAAAAUGUUAUCAUGAUUAUGAACAAGAGCUAGCAGAAUUAAAGAAGAAAUCACCAGUUGAGGUUAAGAGUAAUCUACCUCCAUGGUUGAAAAAUGCAAAAGCAAAGAAUGGCGAAAGUGAAAUUGAAAUGGAAACGAAAAUAUCUCCGGUUGAUGAUAAAGAAUUAAAGAAAAAAUGGAGUGAUAUAUGCUCUAGAAUCCAUCCAAACCAUAGUCAAAACCCGAGCUUUCCAAGAAUGGCGACCGGAUUUUUACCAAAUGUUCCUCAAACAACAUACAAACCGAAUAGGCUUUUGGGUCAAAGUCAACUGGGUCUACAGCCGGAGGCUCCACGGAGCCCGGUUCGUACCGAUCUCAUUCUUGGACCCAAGGAGGCGAACGAGGAUGUAACGGUUAAGGACCUUCUAGGGUGCAUCUCAUCUGAAUUCCAAAAGGGUAAAUUCGUCAAUUCAACAGAGGUGGACUCCUUCAAGAAACUUCUCAAGGGUUUGAUGCAAAAGGCAUGGUGGCAGCCGGAGGCGGCUUCUACUAUUGCUACAACUGUGACACAAUGUGGUUCGAAGGGUAGUGUGUGGUUAUUGUUUGCGGGUCCGGACCGGGUUGGUAAGAUGAAGAUGGCUUCGGUUCUUGCUGAGCAUGUAUGCGGAUCUAACCCGAUCACGGUGUGUCUCGGGUCAAGUCGUGAUGAUGAUGACAUGGAUCUUGGAUUCCGUGGAAAAACUGUGUUGGAUCGGGUUGUUGAGGCCGUUCGUAGGAACCCGUUUUCGGUAAUUGUGCUUUCGGAUAUAGAUGAAGCAGAUAUGCUUGUUUGCGGGAGUAUAAAACGGGCGAUGGAGAGAGGCCGGCUCACGGACUCUCAUGGGCGUGAGAUUAGCCUCGGGAAUGUUAUUUUUGUGCUAACUGGGAACUGGUCGUCAAACAAUGCCGACGACCAUCUCCUUGAUGAGAAGCGGUUGCAGACAGCUGCAACCGGCGACUGGCGAUUGAAGUUGACUGUUUGCGAGAAACGAUCAAAGAGACGAGCUGAUUGGCUUCCAGAUGGAAACACGUCUGUAAAACAACCGAAGAAAGUAGGGUCCGGGAUCUCGCUUGAUCUUAACCUCGCAGUCGACCACGAGGAAGAUCGAACGGAUGCAAGUGAUCUCACGAUUGAACAUGGAGACGAGAAUCAACAUUUUUUGAUUACAUCAGUUUCAGUACCACAUGAGCUUGUGGGACCGAGUGAUGGGGUAGCAGUGUUCAAGCCAGUACAAUUAGGGUUCAUUCGUCGAGAAAUCGAGAAAACGAUUAAAAACUCAUUUUCCAAUGUUGUCAAUGAGAAAGUUUCUAUAGAGGUCGAUGAAGUAACCCUAGAUAACAUAUUAAACGGGCUAUGGUUUGGACAAAUAGUUCUAGAGGAGUGGGCUGAACAAAUACUGAUCCCGAGCUUUCAGAAGCUUGGGGAAGAGUUAUCGCAUUCAAGGGAAGAGUUGGUGGUUCGUCUCGAGUCCGAAAGGGACUCCAAUCACAUGAAACACGGCAGGGAUCGGAUGCCGAGCAAAAUUAAUGUAAUAGUAGAUACAAUUUAGAAGUUCAGAGGCUAAAUUUGUAAUUUUUUAUUACUCUUGGACCACAGUUGUAAAUAGGCAACUCUUGGGAUAGUGUAGGAAAGGGGGUGCAUUGAACUUGGAAACAAUUUUCCUUUUUAUAUAAAAGCAUUAGAUACAAAUGAUGUUUUGUUUAUUUAUAUAAUUUUUGGUACC